AUGGAUGAACAAAAAUGUCCCAGAACUCCCAUGUCCAGCUUGUCGAGGAUUGCAUUCAAAACAGUCUGCAGUCAACUCGAGAAGUCGCUCAGCAAUGAGAAGGCUUCCGCUUCAUUUGCCUGCGGGGGCACGAUCCCAGUUAAAUGCACUCACGCUGCAAACCUACGCUCGAGCACCGCCGAAGAAGUCCCAGAAACUGGUGAAAGGCUCAAGUCCUCCGGGCCUGUCAACAUUUUCUGGGAGCUCAAUGAUGCUUCGACUGCACGAAAACUCACCCUUCCACUUAGCACCUCUGUAGAGACCAACGACUCUUCCAGUUCCAUGACUAGACUUGGUCAACUGGUCGCUGACUGUGAGCCUGCUCCUUUUGGUAGAAACCAAGAAACUGUCCUGGAUACACAGUAUCGCAAGGCCGGGAAGCUCGAAACCCAUCAAUUUGCGACUACCUUCCAUCCGGCAGACUUUGGCAUCAUUGAACGCGUUGAGCAAGUUCUGCUCCCUUCGCUGCAGAAGCUUAUGCAACAAUUCCUGGAGAUUCGCCGACUAGAAGUGGAACUCUACAAGUUGAAUGUCUAUUCGGGUCCUUCCGGUCUCUUUAAGAGCCACGUUGAUACUCCGCGCUCGAAAAACCAGAUUGGAUCCCUGGUUGUGUGCCUGCCUUCCCCCUUUAAGGGCGGAAGUUUGAUUGUGCGCCAUGGGGGCAGGGAAGUCAAAUUUGGCUGGGAGCACCAAAGUGCCGAUACAAUCCAAUGGGCCGCUUUCUAUAGUGACUGUGAGCAUGAGAUCACGAUGGUCAACCAGGGUGAACGAAUCACUCUGACCUACAAUCUCUACGCGGUCACUGAGCUGCUCGACAAGGCGGACCGGGUUAGUGCAAUCAUCGACCCAAAGUCCUUCCCGCUAUACAGGGACUUUAAAAAUCUCCUCGAAAUGCCAGGAUUCAUGAAGACAGGUGGGGUCCUUGGAGCAUUCUGCUCCCAUGCUUAUCCCCAUGCGACAUCCGACGCAUCUAUUUUGCUUCCACGUGGUCUCAAGGGCGCAGAUUUGGUCUUUUAUUCUGCAUUGCAUGCCUUGGGGGUCGAGGUCGAUGUUCUGCCCGUCAUGCUCGGACACGGGUAUAAGAAUACCAAGGACGACUGGUGGGAUUCCGACGAGGGCAAAGAACCCGACCAUGACACCAACUCCGACGAUGAUGAUGAAGACGGCGAUAAUGGUAGGAAAAAAAGAAGACGCAAAAACAAGAAAAACCAAGACAGCAAUGGUCCCCUCGAGUAUUUGGACCCCGGUAAAAAGGUGCGGGUAGGAAAGUGCUUGAACUCUUAUGUGGCUGCCGAAAUGUAUGAAGAAGAGCCAUUUUCUGAGAUUCUGAACGAGAACUGGCCAACACGAUGCUACGAAAAGCCUAUUACAUGGGUUACAGCUCCACGGCCUGAGAACAUUCGCGCGGCGAUGACUUACAUGGCUUAUGGGAAUGAAGCUUCCCAGGCCGAAGUCUACUCUUAUGCUGCGAUCAUCGCUGUCAUUCCCCCGUGGACAGAACGUCAGAAACUGUUAGCAAAGCUCGAGGAGAAGUGA